AUGUCAGUGGGGCCUUCUGGUAGAAAGAUUAUUCUAGACGAGAACGGCAAGCCUUGCCGCUCGUGCAACACACUGCUGGACUUCAAGGCAGUGACCAAGUCGGUGAACAAGACCGUGGCCGACGACUGUCCUCCGGACGUGGAGCAGCUCGGCCGGGCCACCUGGACGUUUCUGCACUCUGUUGCAGCCCGGUAUCCGGAGCAGGCGUCUGAGGAACAGCAAGAGGACAUGAAGACGUUUUUGCGUGUGUUUGGUAACAUUUACCCGUGCUGGUUCUGUGCCAAAGACUUCAGACAGUACAUGGAGAAGGACAAGCCCAAGGUGCGGACACAGGAGGAGUUUGGCAGGUGGCUGUGCGACGCGCACAAUGAGGUGAACGAGAAGCUGGGGAAGAAGAAGUUCGACUGCAAUCUGUGGAAAGAGCGUUGGAAAGAUGGCUGGAAAGACGGUAGAUGUGAUUAG